AUGGACCUUAUUCAAGAGGUUGGUUUAAUGAAGACUGUGACUCAGUUCUCAAAGUGCUAUGAGAUGUUAGUAAAGGAAUUUAUUGUCAAUGUGUCUGAAGAAUAUGCUGAUGAAAAGUCUAAGGAAUUCAGAAAAGUGUAUGUGCGAGGCAAGUGUGUAAAUAUCUCUCCCUCAGUGAUCAACAUGUAUUUGGGAAGGCCUGAUGUAGCUCAACCUGAGCUUGAGGUGACUGACAAUAAAAUCAGUCAAGUCAUCAUUGCUAAUCAAGUCAGGAAGUGGCCUCUCAAAGGAAAGUUGGUGGCCAGCAAACUGAGUGUCAAGUAUGCAAUGCUUUACAAAAUUGGAGCUGCUAACUGGGUGCCCACCAAUCAUAAAUCUACAGUUGUUGUAAUGCUUGGAAAGUUCAUAUAUGCUAUUGGAACCAAAGCCAAUUUUAACUAUGGAUCCUAUAUUUUUGAUCAAACUUUGAAGCAUGCAGGAAGCUUCAGUGUGAAGGGGCCUAUAGCCUUUCCUUCUCUCAUCUGUGGUAUUGUUUUGAAUCAGUUUCCAAACAUCUUAACAGAGAAUGAUUCUGUGAAGAAAAGAGAUAGCCCCUUGUCCUUCAAUCAUAAGUUAUUCCUAGGUACCCAUGUUCCUGACAUUGCCAUGACAACAGGUGAGACAUCACGUGUAAGCAAUCAACCAGGUAAAGCUGCUAUCAUUGCAAUGCUCAAAGAAACUUGCAAGGAGUAG